AAUCAGGUUCUCAUGACCCCCGAUCUCUUCCCCUCCUCGACCAGCAAGCAGUCAGACAAGCAAGUCGUUUAAGGAAGUCGGCAUAGCAUUUUCAUCUGCGAUUUCGAAAGGAAUUUUGCCUGUCAGUCUGACCUAUACUGAGCCCGUUGUCUUGGCGCAAGUACCGCCUUUAAAGCUCCUAUUUCCGGAUACGUCACAAGGGGCCUUGCCUUGAGAGCCGGCAGGAAUAUGGCACCAGCACUAGGCCCAGAUAAUGGGAGCUUCCAAUGCGAGUUGAGUGGACAUGAGAUUCGAUGCAGACACCAGCAAACGCAGAAAGAGAUUAACAUCUCGAUCAAUAAUUUGAUCUGUAUCUUGCCUAGAGGCAAUGAGCUUGAGGCUCCCAGGCAUGUCAUGCUGUUUUUGUGGCUUGACGAGAACGAAUCUGGGGUCUCGAGGGAGUGUAUGUCACUCCAGAGUAUUCAAGUACUUUCCUGGCCUGUGCAGCUGUCCGAAUUCGUCUGCCCUGGUAUACCUCCCUACCUCGGCACUUUCACCCAUGAACAGGUGGAAAAGGUAGAUAUCCACGUGAUCAUUUCAAUCACUUCUGGCACACGUACAGGCAUGAGUGUGUUCGAAAAUAUCGUCAGCCCUCUCUUAUCGCAACUUGGUGUGCGCGAGUAUGAAGUUCAUGAGACCCAGACCGCACAGACAAUUGUUGAACUGUGUCACACAAAACUGAUACCUCGCGCUCAAGCGAACAUCAAACAAACAAUAAUCCUACUUUCAGGCGAUGGAGGUCUGACUGAUAUCAUUGACUCCUUCCAUGGUACAGCAAUACAAUGUCUUGCCAAGCCUAACAUUGCUCUGAUUCCAACCGGAACAGGCAACGCCAUGGCUAGUUCAAUAGGGCUCCUAAAAAGUCGAGCGGCUGGACUUUUCACGUUGUUGCAUGGGCACCCCGCCCCUAUACCUGCUUUUUCGGCUACUUUCUCUGCUGGUUCAAGGCUCGUCACAGAAGCGGGCAGCGGAAGAGUCAGUAUUAAUUCACACUGGCAGAGUAAGACAGGCCAUCCUACAAUAUACGGUGGUGUUGUCGCAAGUUGGGGUUUGCAUGCUGCGUUGGUGGCGGAUAGUGAUACUGCUGAAUACCGCAAGUAUGGAGCGGAGAGAUUCCAAAUGGCUGCAAAGGAAAUCCUAUUCCCAUCAAAUGGUGACGAUCCACAUAAGUUCCGCGGUAGUAUCAGCUUCACAUGGCGUGAUCGCCAGACCAACAAGCAACAAACAGAGGUUUUGGGAUGUGAAGAGCACAUGUACGUGCUGGUAGCUUUGGUAUCGAGCCUCGAACCAGGUUUCACAAUAUCACCUUUGUCAACUCCAUUGGAUGGCUGCCUGAGGAUCAUACAUUUCGGACCAAUGACGUCGGAACAGGCAAUGGGCUUGAUGAGCAAUGCAUAUCAAGGAGGCAAGCAUGUCAAUGACGCCAGAGUAACUUAUCGUGAAAUCGAGAGCUUCCGAAUAACCCUGCACGAGGUCGACGAGAGAUGGAGAAAAGUUUGUAUAGAUGGCAAGAUUAUCGCUGUUGAGCAUGGCGGCUGGCUCGAAGUACAGAAAGUCUCGGGGCACUAUCUCAACAUUCUCAUACCUCCUUAGAUUUACCCGAUGUCUGAAUGAGAGGCAUAAACUUGCGUUGCCACGGAUUCCAGAGUGUCAUGUACAUGAUAGACACUUUGGGGAGGUUGGGUUGGACAAACCCUGCAGUGAUUAGGAUAAAUAAUAGCCAUUGGACCCCCAUUGCUCUGUACAUCGGCCAUACGGAUAUUUUUGUCCGUAAUAUGUGUGGACGUUUUAAAAGACUUAUAUGUUUUCUACGCCGCCAAUUAGCUAAGAUUGUCUAACCCUCAUAGCUGC